AGGUCUCUGGGACGCGGGUCUCGCCAUGCCGGGUCCGGUUGCAGGGAGCAAGUCCCGCGUGUACGCGGACGUCAACACGCUGAAGAGCCGGGAGUACUGGGACUACGAGGCGCACGUCCCCAACUGGAACAACCAGGAGGACUACCAGCUGGUGCGAAAGCUGGGCCGAGGGAAGUACAGCGAAGUGUUCGAGGCCAUCAACAUCACCAACAACGAGAAGGUGGUGGUCAAGAUCCUGAAACCAGUCAAGAAGAAGAAGAUCAAGCGAGAAAUCAAGAUUCUGGAAAACCUGCGAGGAGGGACCAACAUAAUCCGGCUGGUGGACACAGUCAAGGACCCCGUGUCCAGAACUCCAGCGCUCGUCUUUGAAUGCAUCAAUAACACAGACUUCAAGGAGCUGUACCAGAAACUAACAGAUUAUGACAUCCGCUUCUACAUGUAUGAACUACUGAAGGCUCUGGACUACUGUCACAGUAUGGGAAUCAUGCACCGUGACGUCAAGCCUCACAAUGUGAUGAUCGACCACCAGUUAAGAAAGCUACGCCUUAUAGACUGGGGUUUGGCAGAGUUCUACCACCCCUCCCAGGAGUACAACGUCAGGGUGGCCUCGCGAUACUUCAAAGGCCCUGAGCUGCUGGUGGACUACCAGAUGUACGACUACAGUCUAGACAUGUGGAGUUUGGGCUGCAUGCUGGCCAGUAUGAUCUUUCAGAAAGAGCCCUUCUUCCACGGACAAGACAACUAUGACCAGCUAGUGCGAAUUGCCAAAGUCCUGGGGACAGAUGAGCUGUUUGGUUACCUGCGUAAAUACCACAUCGAGCUGGACCCUCGCUUCAAAGACCUGCUCGGACAGCAGAGCCGGAAGCGCUGGGAACAGUUUGUGCAGACGGAAAACCAGCACUUGGUGAGUCCCGAAGCUCUGGACCUGCUGGACAAGCUGCUCCGCUACGACCACCAGCAGAGACUGACGGCCACGGAGGCCAUGGAGCACCCCUACUUCUACCCGGUAGUAAAGGAGCAGUCUCUAGCCAACGCUGAGAACAACAUGGUUUCCAGUGGCAACACUACGGCGCGAUGAAAGAAGUGGAAGAACUCAGAUGUUUGUUACCUCAACUUUGUACCCGGUUGUGGCAGUUACUCUGACAAGUGUACAGUGACAAAGGAUCAAAGUAACUCUGACCAAUUACACACUCAGAUACGUGCAUCCGGACACACACACGAAUGCAAGCACACCUCUACAAACACAAACAGAUGCAGACGCGUACACCUCUCCUCCUCUGUGUCCGUCUGUGAUUGGCUCGUCCUGGUAUUCUGUCCGGCUGCCUGACCAAUGAGCUCGAAGCUGCUCCCUCGUCGUCUCCUCCUCGACUGGUCUAAGCCCCCAGAACCCCGCCCCCCCCCACCCCGAGCUCCGUCUCAUGUAGGUCAACAAAGACAAGCUACUUUUAAAGACAGUUCAGUCCCUCCUCCUCUGAUCCCUCCUUUAUAUCGCCUCCCUCUUUUGAAUGCAUCAGCAUGGAGAAUGAACAGGAGUGUGGGCCUGUACGAGUCCUGAUCUCCCUUUUGACUAUCUGCCCCCCCCCCCCGACUUCCCCUUCCCCUUCUUCCUCCCCAACAAGACGACAGGCGUCUUAGCACUACUCCAGAUCUGAAAGUGGCAUGGUGGACUCUCUAGAUAGAAUGAUAAGUAUAAUAUUAAUGACAAAUAAAUGAUUUUUAUUUA